AUGGAGGUCAUGUUGGCCCCGUCGAGGAGGGUACCGCACCCGCAUCCUUGGAAGAAGGGGCUUAAGGCGCGCAAGGAUAAGGACAAGGCUGAGAAUGUAGCGCUCACUGCAGUGAGCGGCAAGAGUUCGUCACAGCAGGGAAAGGCGAAACGCGGGAGGAUGGAGGACUACUACGGAGAGGAGGGACUCUCGGCGAAGCGGGCUGCCGACGAGGCGAUUUGCCUCUACUUUGCGGGGACGCGCACGGCGGAGCGUCAGUGCGAGAACCCCCUCUUCCUCAACAUGUUUCGCGCUGUCGGCGCCGCCGGGAUGAGCUACGUUCCCCCCAAGCGUGGCUUUGUCGAUGGCGUCAGACUGCUGGAGUGCAAGAAGUGGGUGGAGAGGGGUUUGGAGCCUAUUACCGCGACUUGGUCGAAAACGGGCGUGACGGUUGCGAGCGACAUGAUGCAGGACACGAGCGGGCGCGCCCAGAUGAACAUUAUGUGCAUCAACGACGCUGGUGCGCUUCGCCCGGCUCUGCUGCAGAUGGUGGUGCACAAGGAUUGGAAGGAGGACAAGGGGAAGAAGGUGACAGCGCAACAGUUCGAGGGGUGGGUGAUGGAUGGGCUGUGGUGGAAGAAGGCGGAGUUUUUUGUGCGGGUCAUGGAGCUGCCGUUUAGGGUGAUGAGGCGAACGGACUCUGAUAAAAAGGGGAUGAUGGGAGCGAUCUACGACAUCAUGCUGCAACUCACGGAGGAGUUGACUGCGCUUCAGGAGGGCGCCGAUUGUCGGCUGACCGAGGUGGAGAGGGACGAGGUGCAGGAGCACUUGCACGAGCACUGGGACGGCAGCUUGACAUGCCCUCUGCACGUGGCUGGCAGGAUUCUGAAUCCCGCAAACCAGGGGGAUGAGAUUUUCCUGGCUGAUGUCGAGUGGACCAAGGUGAUGAAGGAGUGGCUGGCCCACUCGAUAUUCAUGAGCAGCGAGGGUGGGGUUUAG